CUGAAUGAAUGGCGCGGCACGUGAUGGCCACCUGAGCGCGCGCUCACGCCGAAGCGCGGGGGCUGAUUGUGACGUGUGGCCCGCCGCAGGGGACAGCUGCAGGAAGGGUCGCCAUGGACGCCGCCAGUUGUCCGGUAUACAGAAACAAAAUGAAAUUCAAAGGCAAGCUGAACGGUCAGUUAAGCAAAUACAGACCACUUUCGAAAGGAGACUGUUGCAAAUUGAAGAUGAAUUUUCUGAUAUCAGGAAUAAGCAAACUGAUCUUGAAUCAGAAGGAAAAAUUCUUGAUCGGAAGAUUAAUGCGAGGCUGCGUGAAUUGAUGGCUGUAAUAGCACAGCAAGACCACAAGAUGGAAGAUAAUCUGCAAAAAGAAAUAGACAGAAACCAUUCCCCAGAAAAUCUUUACCCCCUGGGAAAAAUACAUCAAGUUGUGGAGGAGCUCAGCACCAGACUAUUGCAUAGGGAAAUGCAACUUCGGGAAGAAAUACAAAAGAGAUUUUUUGAUCUUGAGAAGAAUCUUUGUAAAUUUGAGACUGUAAGAAAUGACAGUGAGAAGAUCCUCAGGGCAGAAAAUGAGAACUAUUGGUCUUCUCUUCAAAAAGUGCAUAUGGAAGAAAUAAAAGCACUUGAGGACAAGCAGUCGAGAUUCAGACUGCCAGAACUCUACAUGAAGCUGGAUGACAAUAUUAAGAAGUUAACAGCCACAUUUACUGAUGAUAUGAAUUGGAUAGAAAAAGUCAUAAAAUCCGAAAUCCUGGAACGAAUAAAACAAGGCACCCAACUUGGAGACAAAAUGGAUGAGUUACAAGAACGCCUAAGUCUUGCUUUAACAACUCUUCAAGAAGCAUUAGGCACCUUACAGGAAGACCUUAAAAGUGAGAUGAAAAAGACUGAAGAAAUGCAAGCAAAACUUGCUGAGUCGCCAGCUGAACAAAAUACCAAGCUGAAGGAAGAUUUCCAAGACAGGGAUAUUGAGUCAGUGUGCCGGACCAUGGGAACAUUGUUUGCUGAUAUCUAUCGAAUUAAGGAGGAGACACCUGGAGAAAUUGCAAAGAUCAAAGAAAAUUUGAUGGUUUGCAUUGAAGCAAUUAAAAGUCUAAGAAGUGACUUAAUCAGGCUAAAGUCUAAAGCAAACCUGGAGCAGGAAAAUGACACGCGUCAAAGAAAUCAACGAUUUGUUAAAGAUUUUGAUGUUACCGAGAGCAAAACAAUUAACAGAUGGGGCAUAUAUCAAGCCGUCAGGUGGAUGCAGUGGAAGACUAAUCUGAAAAAUAAGAUACAGAAAUUGAGGUUAAAAGAUCAAAGGAACAAUUCAUCUCCGGUCCAUAAAGAUAAUUGAGUGAUCCUAAAGGGAAUACCCAGAAGAAAUUAAAAUGAGUCUGUAAGCCAAUCAAUUCUUCUUUUCCACAGCACACUAGAGAAUUUUCAAAGAAGAGGUUGAUGAGCAGUACUAGAUCCUGACCAAAUAAUACUGGAGUCAAAUAUGCCAUUGUUGCUGUUACUAUAAACAUGCUGCUGAUACAAAAUGUAGUGACUGUUUUGCUUAUUUUGAGUGAACAGUAUAUUUUAGGUAUCAGAGGAGUAUGUCAAGAGCUGUUUAUUAGGCCUAAGUCUUACACAGUGGCAGAUGCCUGUUUCACAUACAAAAAUGCAUAUAGUGGAUCAGGGUUUGCUACAGCAACUUAAAGAAAAUUAUGAAGAUAUACAUUAAAAUAACCUGAACUAGUAAAUGCAAAAGCAUGGACAAUGCGUCAAUUCUGUCAACAAUGCUGAGAACAAUACUUUAGCAUAUACUUGAUUUUAAAAUGCCAUGAAUAUGUUACAAAGACAA